AUGGUUCCAGCUGUCAUUCUGCAAGAGAUGAAAGUGAAAUGCACAAAGAUUCUGGCGUGUGGUCACACAUUCUGCGUCAGAUGCCUGUCUUUCAUAUCCGAAAAGGACUUUGAUGAUUUACUGCAAAUAAAGUGUCCGAUCUGUCGGGAAGAAUCGCAUUCGAUCUCUUCAAUUCAAAGCCUGCCAAGUCGAUUUUACGGCCGAAUAAAGUGCGACAAAUGCCUUCAGUGCAAGAAGUCCAACGACACGUGGUGGUGCCCGAGCUGUGUUCAGGCCAUGUGCAGCAAAUGCAGACUUACCGAACAUUCAGAUAGUCAUCAUUCGGUUGCAGAGUGGAACAACCUGGCUCCAGCGGAGUGCUCAUUAGCAUACGUAAAUGAGCUCCGCGAUCGGAAAGUAAAGUCGAUGAAUUCAGUAUUCAACCUUACCGCUCUGGAGCGAUAUUUUGCGGAGGUAAAGAAGGCACUAAUUAUCCGACUCAAAACCGAUACUGUAUCAGAUUACUUGAGCGAAGAACUGGUCAGACGCUACGGUAAACUCAGCAGAAACUUAAAAAUUGACCUAAACGAAGCAAACGAACGGAACUAUAGGACAAAUUUGCUAAAAGCAGCACAACUAGCUGACAUCAGCGUCGCGGAAACAGACGUGCCGUCGCUGGACGACGUAAGUGGUUACUUGUAUUUCAAAAUUACCCCAGACGAAGCAGCGGCUAUUCUUCUGCCCAGUGUCAAACUGACGACGGUCAAACAACCAUCAAGGCGUUGCCACGACUCAAGUCUCAGUACGGCCAAGAAAGGAAUCGAAAUUAAUGACACUCGUUUCUGUGAAACUCUAUCGGUGGUCACUUGCACUGCCGCAACUAUCAAAGUCGACUAUUUUCCGGCAAGGUAUUUGGCCAUUUUGUCCAACUCCCAAUUGGUGCUCUACAGUCCAACGCGGAACGAGCAAAAGCAGCUUGCAGCACCACCUUCUUAUGUAUUUGUGAAUCUGUGUUACAAUAGGAAGACAGAAGAGCUGUUUCUGGUGUUACGUUCUUUGAAUAGGCAGCAUGACUGGAUUCUGCAAGUGAUCGACUUGUUCAUUACAACCUAUGAAGCCAACUUCACAGCGACUUUCGAUGUCGGACCGGAAGACGCUGUAGAGUGCAUGCAUAUUGUGACAUCAUCGAGUGGAAUACUCUAUGUCGUUCGUGAUUGUAGGAAUAGCGUGUCUGAAAUUUGGAAAGUGGUCAUCAUUAGGAAACGACUCAAAGUUAAACUUAAAGAGACUCUGCUCUAUCAAAAAGAUGAUUCCUGUUAUACGAACUUCGACGUGUUAGAAGCGGAUAAGCGCGUUUAUGUGAUAGUGUGGGAUAAUAUGAAUCGGUGUUUAAGUCGUCUAGUCAUCAGAGAUAACCACUGCAUAUCUGUUUGGAAAAUUCUGGUAUCUCCUGAUCCGAUUCCUUUUUGCCUGGAUGCAGCUAAGCGUCUAUGGUUAUUUGAUCCAGUGUUAAGUUUUAUUUAUAGCAGCAGCGGUCCUGUAAUGAACAACUCCGCGAUAUCCCUGAAGAAGAUGAUGAAAUAUGAUUCGUUUCAGCCAAGCUACAUUUGGAAUUCAGAAGACAAACUGAUGGCAGCUCACUGUCACAAGAACAUCAUUCGCUUGUUCCAGUUUGACAAGUACAGCAUGGAC